CUGAACAGGUCAUCCACCGGGAGUCGUUGGAAAUUCUCUUUAAACGGACAGCGCUUGAUUAAAUAGUGUGCGAGAGGAAUUUCCAUCUUUUUGAAUUCCGCAGCAAACGAUUUGUGUGUUCUUAGCAGAUCAUUGUAUUUCAUGUGAAAGUUUCGUUUACGUUUGCGAGUUUCUUCGAGAGCGUGCCUGACAGUGGUUUCCAAGGCAACCGGCCAAAGCUGCAGAGCGAUGUUAAGUCGUAAGCCUAACACACGACGCUCGCCCUCGUUCGGGGAUCGCCCUAGGCUACGCGGGGCGCUCCGCCAGCGGUAGCCGCCACUUCGUUCCUUUCAGUGGUCUUCUGUUACUGAGCGAGUAUGGCGCUUAGUGCAGGAAUUCUGGAACGAAUUCACCAUGCUUCCAUUCCUUGUGUAUUAUUUAUUUUGUGUUUCCUGCUAACUUGUGGAUACUCUUACGAUGUGUAUGUGAAACCUGAGGACAACAAAUUAGGAUACGUGUUCUUCAAUGCUAGCUUGGGUCCGGGCCGGACGUACCGCCUGGAUGCCGAUCGGACUCCAGCAUAUGUCAGACAUCUCGUACGUGUAGAUCCCAGAAGUGGUGUAAUAGUGUUGAGACGGACGCUGAAAUGUUCGACUUCUCGACUGGCGAACCUUGCCCCGAACCCUUUUGGUUUUCACGUCGAGUCCAGGAGCUUUCGUCUGAGUGGUUCCGAUAUCGAAUCCGUGAUCGUCCCCGUGAGGGUGCGCUUUGGACAUCGCACGUGUCCACGCCUUCGCCGACUAAAAUCUGUAAGCUAUGUUGGGGAAAAUGUUGUUUUCCUAACAGUUGGUUCAAUUCAAAAGACGAAAGUUCCCAAAUCUGCCAUCAGUACUUCUGAAGCUCAUGUAAUAGAAAAAGAGAAAAAUGAUAUAAUUUAUUUUGGAAACUCUACUGUUACUACAGCUUGCUUCAUGAGGAGUCAGUUAAUUGCAGACCUAGACAAAACAAUCCCAGCUGAAGUUUUGUACCAAUGUGACAUUCAUUUUGGUCAGCCAUCAGAUAUCAGGUAUGCGGUAGAAGUGUUUGGAUCAGAUUUGGUUGCUAGAGAAGAAUUUUGUGAAAGUUCUCCUUGGUGGUCAGUUAGUUUUUCGUUUACUCUUUCCUGCCCCUCAUUAAUUCAUGACAGAAGUCCUGAGAUAAGCAAGCACAUCAUGGAAAUAAAUUUUCACCUUCCCGGGAUGUCAUUUGGUAAUCUGGUUGCAGAAAAGAGAGCAGGAAGAGGCCGACGAGAUAAUCGAAGAGCAGAAAAUUUACCUCCGUACUUUGACAGAGCCUUGUAUGUUGUUACAGUACCCGAAGAAAAGGAAAAAGCAUAUGUAGUUGCUACCAUGACAGCUCAUGAUCCAGAAAAAGAUGAAGUAACCUAUAGCUUACAUGCUGUAUUAGAUGCAAGAAGCCAAAAUAUGUUUACCAUUGAUUCAGUCACAGGUAUCAUUACAACUACUGCUAGCUUAGAUAGAGAAUUCAUGGAUGUUCAUUAUUUGAGAGUGACAGCUGUUGACAAUGGAAUUCCGCAGAAGACAGGAACAACCACUUUGCAAAUCAAUGUCAGCGAUGAAAAUGAUCAUGCACCAUCAUUUGAGCAGAACACGUAUGAGGCAUCAAUACGUGAAUCUGCCUCUGUUGGAUCUACAGUCGUCACUGUCAGGGCAACUGAUCAAGAUUCAGGAUCCAAUUCAGAAAUUGAAUAUAGUAUUCUUAAUCCCAGCGGUGUCAAUGAUGUCUUUAGGAUAGAUUCAAAAACUGGGAUUAUCACCACAAGAAGUUCUCUCGACCGAGAAACUACGCCAUUUUAUUCUUUAUUGAUUCAAGCAAGUGAUUUGGGUUUGGUAGUAGAUAGAAAAACUGCAACAACUACAGUGGAAAUCACUGUUUUAGACGACAACGACAAUUACCCACAAUUUGCUGAGAAAUCUUAUACAGUUGAGAUAUUUGAGGAUAUUAAUUGGUUGAGUAACCCAGUUAUUGCUAAGGUUGAAGCAGUGGAUUUAGAUUCGGCUGUGAAUGCAGCUGUGCGCUAUUCGUUGAUUGGUGGCAAUACUCAAGGCCACUUUGUGAUUGACAGUUUGAGUGGAGAAAUAACUGUGGUCUCUCCUCUCGAUUACGAAUCAGCUCGAAGUUAUCGAUUGGUGGUUAGGGCUCAGGACGGUGGAUCUCCGGCCAGAUCCAAUACUACUCAAGUUUUGGUGAAAAUCAAAGAUGUGAAUGAUAAUGAUCCAAAGUUUUAUACAUCUUUGUUUCAGGAGUCAGUUAUUGAAAAUGUCCCGAUUGGUCAUAGCAUUGUUAGGGUACAAGCAUACGAUGCUGAUGAUGGUAAUAAUUCAUUGCUAUCUUAUUCAAUUCAAGGCAAUAGGUAUCCUAAUAUGCCAAUUUCUAUAAAUAAAGAUUCAGGUUGGAUCUUGACCACCCGUGUUCUCGAUCGUGAAGAAAACUCCAUGUAUGAUUUCACAGUUCUUGCAUCAGAUCAUGGCACCCCAGUUAGGUCAGCGACAGCUAGUGUUAUUAUCAGAGUUCAAGACAUAAAUGAUAAUGACCCAGUUUUUGAACCCAAAAUAUAUGGAGCUUCUAUUUCUGAAAUUGAUCCACCAGGGACACCCGUAAUAAGUGUCACAGCCACUGAUCGAGACGAGGAUCCUAGAUUAAUCUAUCAGGUAACAAAUGGUAAUGUCAGAGGGCGGUUCAAUAUAAUAAGUCAGAAUAGGCAGGGCUUAAUAUCUGUUGCGCAGCCUUUGGAUUAUCGUUUAGAAAAGCGUUUUGUUUUGACUGUAACUGCUACGGACUCUGGGGGAAGAUUUGAUACUGCAACUGUUUACAUCAACAUUACAGAUGCCAACACUCACAGGCCUAUUUUUGAGCACACACCUUAUACAGCCAGUGUUCCAGAAGAUUCUCCAGUUGGAACAACAGUAUUGGUAGUGGAGGCAUCCGAUGGUGAUGUGGGAGAGAAUUCUCGUAUAACUUAUUCUAUGGAUGAAGAUGUCCCAGAAUUCCGAAUUGAUCCUGCUACCGGAGCUGUGGUCAUGACGAGAUUGCUGGACAGAGAAGAGAUGGCUGGUUACACCAUAGUGGUCACUGCCAUGGACAAUGGCUCUCCUCCACUAGCUGACACUACAAAUGUAGAAAUAGAAAUUUCAGAUGUUAAUGAUAAUCCCCCUAAUUUUGAUCCGAACUCUUAUGUGAGUGCGGUUAGUGAAGAUGCUUUAAUAGGUACUAGUGUACUUCAAAUAUUUGCAACUGAUAAAGAUUUGGGACUAAAUGGUCAGAUAAGAUACACUUUCACGGGUGGCGACAACGGAGACGGUGCAUUUCGCGUGGAUCCGACGUCUGGCAUCAUAAGAACGAAUCGAAUCUUAGAUCGAGAAUCUGUAUCGCUGUAUAAUCUAGUUGCCUAUGCUGUAGACCGAGGUUCGCCAUCUCUCUCGACUUCUGUAACCAUAACAAUUUAUGUUGAAGACGUAAAUGACAAUCCACCACGAUUUGAAUCUGAUAAGUUAAAGUUGACCAUUCCUGAAAACAGUCCUAUUGGUUCAACUGUGGGCGAGGUGAAAGCACAUGAUCCAGACGAAGGUCCCAAUGCUGAAAUUCAAUACAGCAUUGUUGGUGGACCAGAUGCAGAUUCUUUUAAUCUCGUAUCUAGGCCAGGAGAAGCAGCUGAGCUCACGACUCGCAUAGAGCUGGAUUAUGAAUCCCGCAUUAAAAAAUACAGUGUCAUAGUGCGAGCUUCUUCUCCUCCUCUGAGGAACGAUGUGGAUGUAGAAAUUCAUGUCACAGAUGUUAAUGACAAUGCUCCUGUCUUAAAAGAUUUUACAAUAAUGUUCAAUAAUUACAAGAAUUACUUUCCUGUGGGGCCCAUUGGGAAAGUACCGGCUUUUGAUGCAGAUGUUACUGACCAUUUGAGAUAUAAAAUAGCUUCUGGAAAUAAUGCAAAUCUCCUUAUUCUCAACGAGACAACUGGGGAAAUCAAGCUCAGCCCAAGCCUCAACACAAAUGUUCCAAUCCAUGCUGUUAUGGAAGUCAGUGUAUAUG